AUGUCAGCAGUCACAGACAAGACCAAGGGCAUCACCAGUGACCCAACUGGCACCGCCAACAAUGCUGUAGCAGGAACCGAUGCAGCACGCAGCGACGUUACUGGCAGUCGCAAGCCAGGAGCUGGAACUGAUGGGACAGCACCUGUCGCAACUCCCGAGGAGGAGAAGAGCAGUCUGAAGAUUCACAUCAAGCUGGACCUAGACGUGGACAUCCAUUUGACAGCAAGGAUAAAGGGUGACAUUACAAUCGGCUUGUUGUAA